AUGUCGCUAAUCAACGAGUACCAUGAUUCAUUACCAUAUAUUGAUCAAGAAAUCACGCCUCAGAUCCGUGCUGAAGUCGCCAAACUAAUUACAGCCGAAUUAUCCGGCGAUUAUCAGACUACGCUUCAUCCGUCGAUUCCUAACCUGCCAAAUUUUAAAUUCUCGGACUUGAUUCAAAAAGAACUCGCUCGUAAAGAAGCAAAUGAGCCCAUAAAUGGCGGCGUUGAUCUUUCUAGAUACGAAGCUCCCGAAGCUCCGGCUAUAGAAGGCAAAGAAGCAGCUGAAAUUCUUGAAGACUGGCGCAAUACGCUGCGGAAAGCAUAUACUGCUAGUUCCCAUUUAAUGACGAGACAGGAAAAUUUAUCACUCCUGGAGGCCCAUGGGAAGAAUGCUUGGUUGAUUGGAAAUUCGCAGCUUGAGGAGAUACUGAGACAGAUCGAAAAGGAACUGCAAGAGACUCAAGAAGCCACAGAAGCGGUAAACAGAGAGAGAAAGAUAAGACAAGAAGCUGCCAAGGGUGAGAUUGAGGGCUUGGAAGACGCAUGGAAACGAGGUGUCAGCGGUAUUAUCAAUGUAGAGAUUGCCUCUGAAAGAUUGCGCAUGGAGAUACUAGAGAAACGGCGACAAAAUGCGAAAACAUAA